AGGUCAGGGAUGUCGUAUGUGUACAGAUUGUAAAGCCCUCUGAGGGGAGUUUGUGAUUUGUGAUAUUGGGCUAUAAAAUAAACUGAAUUGAAUUGAAUUAUGGACCAUCUGGGAUUAAUAUUAACUAUUAUGGACUAAUAUUAACUAUUAUGGACCAUUUUUAACUAUUAUGGACCAUCUGGGACUAAUAUUGACUAUUAUGGACUAAUAUUAACUAUUAUGGACCAUUAUUAACUAUUGUGGACUAUUUGGGGCUAAUAUUAACUAUUGUGGACUAAUAUUAAAUAUUAUGGACCAAUAUUAACCAUUAUGGACUGUUAGGGACCCGCUGGUCCUGAAAGGAGCUUCAACCCUCGUUAUCGUGUUUCUGGUUUAAGACGUCGUGCUGUUUUUUUUAUUCUUGUGGCUUUUGUCAUUCACAGAGCUGUUUGUUUCCACACACAUGGACAUGUUUUCUUGUGAGGAACAUGGUGAACGACUCUUAAUAAAUAAAUAAAUAUAUAUAUAUAUAUAUAUAUAUAUAUAUAUAUAUUUAAAUAUGUGUGCUGCUGUGUACAAACCUGCUCAGUGUUGGUCACUUUUUCACCUUUUAUUGUGACAAAACCACUCAAACCACUUUGCAAUACAAUGUGAAAAGGCAGUGUGUGUGCACGGUUCAUCAUUUAUAACACACACACACACACACACACACACACACACACACGUGGUCCUGUGACUUGAAUUAGCUGCAUUCUGACGUUAUAAAUAGAGUCGAUCGUCAGCUGACUUGAGAUAAAACUCAGGAGUUCAACAUCAACACAGAGAGCAGAAACCUUACAGAAGAAAGUGCACUUUGAAUAAUAAUAAUAAUAAUAAUAAUAAUAAUAAUGUAAUGGAGACAAUCAUAACAAUGAUGAACUCUUGAUCGACAAUCAGGAAAUGUAUAACUUUAAUAAACAAGAGGACAGAUAGUAGAAGAGAGUAGAAGGAAUAGAAUGUACUUUAGGGAUAAAUCAUGGAAUAAAACAAUGGAGGAAAUAGGGGAAGGAAGGAAGGAAGGAAGGAAGUACAGAUGAGGAGAAGUAAAAGGAAAGGAGGGACAAAAGGAUAACAACAAAAGUAGUAAAAGGGAACAUAAAUAAUGGAACACAGUAAUGUAUGAAAUGGGGGGAAAGGAAAACCAAUUGGAUUGAAACGAGGAUAAGGAAGUUAGGAAGUAAGGAAGGACGGAUGGCCAGAUGGAGAGAAGAAAAAGGAAAUAAGGAAGGACACAUUAAAUGGAGGAAGAAGGAAGGAUAUAAAAGUAAGAAAGUGAAGGGAAAAGGAAGUAGGACACAUUGGAAGACUGAUAAAAGAAAAAGGACAUAAGGAAGGAAGGAGACAUUGAAUGGAGGAAGAAGGAAGGAAAUACAGAAGUAGGACACAUUGGAGGACGGAUAAAAGGAAAUAAGGAAGGACUGAAGAAUAACAACAUAAGACAAAGUAAAACAGAUUUAAAUGAAGUAGUAUCAGAAGUACUCUGAGCAGUACUCUCAUACAUGUACUGUGACUGGUGUCGGGUGUCGGGGCUCUGCAGGCCUGUUGGGGGGGUCUGGGGGGGCGGACUCUCUCUAACUUUAGUGUCAGUCUGGACGCCGUCGGCUUCACACAAGCUGCUUUAGACCCCCGAGGUAAGAACACACACACACGCACGCACACACACACACACACACACACACACACACACACAGAGACACGCACACUCUCAGAAUGCUGGUGUUUCGUUUAAAGUCGUCCUCCCUCGGUUCUGUGUCUUCUGGUUCUCCUUGUUUUAAAGUUUAUAAAGUGUUUUCCUCCCGGAGGCCUCGAGGCUCUCGGGCAGCUGUCGCUCAGAUAAAAAUAGAUCUUCCCACACACGUUAGAGGCUGCUUUAAAAACAAGUACACGCACACACAGGAAUCAUAUCUAAGAUGAAUUAAACAUAUUAUAGAGAACACAAACAAGAAUAAAAAGACCAAACUUGUGUUUGUGUGAAAUUGUUUCAUAUUAACUCCGAAACAAAAUGUCACCGUGAGGGAAACGGAUAUGAAAUGUUCUUUUAAACACCUUUGAAUCAUUUUUAUAAACAUGAAUUUAUAUGAAUCCGAAAGUAAGAUAUUUAGGAGGAAGAAGAUCUGAAGAUUGAUCCAAUAAUGUCAUUUUAUUGGCUUUUAAUGGAGCUCCAAGAUGUUUACUCCCAACAUAUACAGAGUGUAUAAUGUUAUGUUAUGUUAUAAUAUAAUAGUAUUCAUUUAACCUCGAAACAAGCUUCUACUGGAUAUUAAGUUUAGUUUGUAAUACCAUUUUAAUAGAAUUCAGACGAACGUCUGCAUGCAAAGAAAAGUAUGAUGGUUUAAUUAUUUAAAAAAAAGUUUCUACAGUGUGCUUUUAGUACCUUUACUAGUAAAUAUAUACAAAUGUAUUUUUACCUGAUUUAUUUCGAAAUAAUUCUUUCUUUACAUAACAUUUUGGUUGAAAUGAACUCAUUCGCUUCCCGUGGCUGAGAGUUUGCCAGUUAGCUUAGCUUAGCAUAAAGACUGGAAACAGGGGGGAACUGCUAGCCUGGCUCAACGUGUUAAACCUCAGUUAUAUAAUCUUUUUAAAAAAGGAGAACUGUUCGUCAUCCACAAUCAUUUGAUUCAUAAAGAUGUUAUUUUCUUUUUCUACAUCUGACAUCCUCCCUCACUUCUCUGAGUAUGAUUCACGUCUAUUGUUUGCACAUUAGGUCACUCAUUCUCUGGUUUAUCUUUCACUCUAUGUCGGACAUCUUUAAAUAUGAUUCAAAUGUUUUGACAGCUUCACCGUGGUACGAAUAUAUAUAUAAACGUCCUCUUAUUGAUGCAUAAAAACAAACAAACAACAUGACACGUGUUUUAAUUUUUGUUAUCAAUAGCAGGAGGAAUCCUGGCUGCGAUGGCCUCGACCAAUGAGAGCGGAGAUAACCAGGACCAGACGGUUCCUGGCGAGGAGCAGCAGGAGCAGGAGGAGGACCAGAGGAGGGUCCGAGGAAUCCAGUCUCAUUACCUCCGCUGCCCGUCGCCCAGUUUCUCGAUGGCUUCAGAGUCCAGGUUCUCCGCGAUCUCCGGCUCGGACGCCGCCAGCAUCUUCAUGGAGCCCAUCCACCUCUCGUCCGCCGUCGCCGCCAAGAAGAUCAUCAGCGAGGAGAUGCCGCCGCGCAGCGCGCAGGCCGAGUCCGUCCCCGAGUCCAUGCUGGAGACGGCCGAGCAGCUGAUGGUGGAGGACCUCUAUAACCGCGUCAAGGACAUGAUAGACGACCGCAGCCCCUACAACACCCCCUGUGUGCUGGACAUCCAGAGGGCCAUGGUGCAGGACCGCCUGGAGGCCCCCCUCAACCCCGUGGACGAGGUCUGGCCCGGCAUCUUCAUCGCCGAGAAAUCGGUGGCGGUGAACAAGGCUCGCUUGAAGCGGAUGGGCAUCACCCACGUCCUCAACGCGGCCCACGGCACGGGGGUGUACACGGGCGAGUCCUUCUACGCCGGCAUGAAGCUCCAGUACGUGGGCAUCGAAGUGGACGACUUCCCCGACGCCGACAUCUCGCCGCACUUCCGGCCCACCGCCGAGUUCUUGGACGACGCUCUGCUGACACACAAGGGAAAGGUCCUGGUGGUGUCCGUGAUGGGCGUCAGCCGCUCCGCCGUCCUGGUGGCAUCCUACCUGAUGAUCUUCCAGCACAUGACCGUCAUGGAGGCGCUGACCUCCAUGAGGAAGAAGCGCGCCAUCAACCCCAACGAGGGCUUCCUGAAGCAGCUGCGGGCGCUCAACGAGAACCUGAUGGAGGAGCGCGACGACGACGACGAGACGCUCAGCCAGUGCUCCGUCGUCGACGCACGCGCCCGCGCUCGCAUCUUUGGCGAGGAACAGGAGGACGAGGGUACGGACGAAGAGGAAAAGCAGAGUAUGAUCGGGGUGAAGGCACACUCCAUCCUGAUGGAAGAGGAGGAGGACGGACAGAGUGUGAUGAGCAGCGUUGCCUCCUCUGCAGCCGCCGCCGCGUUCAGGAGCGGACCGACCGCGCCGCCAGACGACCAGGGGCCGAUUCAACGAGAGGUCAUCCUGCCGGAGACGGAGGGCGGAGAAGGCGGCGACGAGGAGGAGGACGGCCUGGACAGCAUGAUCCGUGAGUGGCAGAGGAGGAACGAGAAGUACCAGAACGACGACUGGUGGGAGGCGCAGCUGAACAGCGACGGCGAGGACGCGGAAUCCGUCGGCGAGGGACGACCGAAGGAGACGUCUCCGGAUUCGGAGAGCGUCACCAGCGAGGACGUACGCGCCGUGAAAGAGCGGCUGAGGCGCCGCGGCAGACGUCCGGACUCGGACGCCAUGUCCACCUCCAGCUCCAUGAGUUACUCCGACCUGUGGAAACGGCGGCUGAAGGAAAUAGAGGAACAAGCCGCCGCUCGCUACCGCAAGAAGGAAGACGAGGACGGCAGCGAGAGCGCCGACACGGAAGGAGGGAGGAAGAAGAUUGACGCUGAGGUGGAGAGCCUCCUCUCGGACACCGGCUCCAUGUACAACUUUUGCCAGAACAACAAGGAGAAGAUGACGCCGUUGGAGCGCUGGCGCGUCAAGAGGAUCCAGUUCGGCUGGAACAAGAAGGACCGAGAGGACGGAGAGAAAGGUUCUGCCGCAGACGGAGAGCGAGGCGACGGUGGGGUAGAAGCCAAGAUGCCGUCCUACCAAGACGUCAACCUGACGGCGUACCAGACGUGGAAGCUGAGGCAGCAGAGGCGCCUCGGGGAGGAGAACAAGGAGGAGAUCGUGGAGAUGAGUCGCGGCGAGGACUCUGCGACGGUGAAGCGGCGGCAGAGACGCGAGGAGAUCCUGGAGCGCUCGAAGAAGACGCUGGAGGAGAGUCAGUCCAUGUGUGGCUGGGAGAGCGAGAGCUGCGUCAGCGGCGGCACGGUACCCCUCUCCGCCUUCUGGGCCGGAGCCGGGGUCACGGGCCCGCCGAGCGUCGCCAACGACGACACCGCGUCCAUGCUCAGCGGCAGGUCCUCCGUCUUAUCCUCGGUUUCGCAGUCUCGCGGUACGAGAUCCGCGAAUCCCUUCGCGCCGGUUCCUCCCAUCCUCCCGGUUCCGACGGUCCAGGGCCCCGGAGGAGAACCCAUGGUCGAUCUGGCCAGCAUCCAAAACUGGAUCGCCAACGUGGUCUCUGAAACGAUCAAGCAGAAGCAGACCGAGAUGAGCCUGCCUCCUCCGUCGCUCGCCGGAUCGGAGCUGCGCUUCGGCGGCGGGGCGAGCAGCCUGCUGUCGGGCCGCGGCGUGGACGACGACAGAGCCUCCCUGCUGAGCGGCGCUUCCUAUUCCAGCGCGCUGUCGCGGGGUCGAGGCGGGCCGGCGUCGGUCCUCUCCAGCGGCGGCGGCUCGAGCAGCGUUUCCGGUCUCACCGGAAGAAGCUCGGCUCUGGGAUCCAAGAGGAACAAGAUCACCACCACCAGCGUCCCUCUGUUCAGCCUCUUCCAGGACCAGGUCGACAUGGGCAAACUGGACGCCAUGGACAAGGAGAUGAAGUCCGAGAUGAGGGACAAAAUGGCCGCCUACGAGAAGAAGAAGAUCCUGGAGGACAACAAGCGCAGCACGAUGUACAAGAAGAAGAAGCCGAAGGAGGACGAAGACGAGGAGGAGGAGGAGGAGAGAAAGAAGAAAGAGGAGGAUUUUCUGGCGGAAGCAAAGAAGAAGGAGAAACCCGUGAGGACAUUCGGGCUCUCGGGGUGUCUGAACCUCAACCCGGCGCUGGAGAAAGACAAGAACACCAGCGUCGACGACUGGCUGACGAGCGUCCGGCCUCCUCCCAAGAAACCGGCCUCCGCGGCCGACGCCGGCCCGCCGGAGGAUCCCUACGACGACCUCGACGCCUCCGCGUCCGAAUUCGACUUCUCCAGCCGCAGGGCGUCCUACGCGCUCGAAGAGGACGAGGAAACUCUCGGCGUCUCCUCCGGAUACAGGUCGCGGCUACACGAGCGUCCGCCUAACGGGUUCGCGGCGCCCCUCGGCUACAGGCGGUCGCACGCCGCCUACGGAGAGAGCGACGAGGCCGCGGAGAGCUUCCACGACCUCGCCGCCAAGAGGAAGUUCGCCCAUCGUUCGCAGUACGAAGGCAGCGUGACGGAAGGGAGUAGGAGCAGGAGGGAGGGAGCAGGCAAGACGGAUGAGGAGGAGGAGCAGGAUGACAUCGCCACCUUCAUCGCCCAAACCAGGCAGCGGGCCAGAGCCAGGGCCGCGGCCGAGGCCGAAGACGACGAUGUCCUGGCGGCUUGGCGGGCGCAGCAGGAAGCCAAGUCGCAGAGCAGGAGGGACUCGUAGAAGACGUCAAAGACUUUAAAUCUGAGGAAUUACUUUCCCAAGAAAGUAAAUAAUAUCUAAAGAUCUAUUGGAAACGUGUUGUGAUUAUUGUUCAAUAAUAAUAUCUGUUUUUGUGGAUUUCUGUAUUUAGAUAAAAGAAAACCUGUGAAAAUUAAUAUCAGUCAGGGAAACUUUGUCCUUCUUGUCAUGCAUCAAAGCGUAUUUAGAGUCUAAAUAGUUCAUUUUAUUAAUUGGUUAUUAGUUAAUGUUAAUGUUAUUGUUAAUUAAGAUUUUUGUUGCACCACCGCUGAAUGUAAAACACAUUUAAUAGAUAUUUUCAUAAAAGAUUA